GUAGACACCGAGCGCGUGUGCCAGAGAGACUGUUCAGUGUGGCUUAGACUUCAGCCGGACAGAGUCUGGGCUAUACCUAUCGUUCCCGGCGAGCAACACACUUGCAGCCAAUGCAGUAUUACGCUCAAUGUCAGUUACGAUGCGUCAAUGAGCCAAUUUACAUAUAAACUUCAGCAAAAAUAAUUAUCAAAAUAUUGAUGGAAAUGUUAUUUUAAGAAUAAUAAAAAAGAAAAGAAACGCUUCAGCUGAUAACAAAAACCAUCGUGUCGUGGGACGAAUGUCAAGAAAUGUUCCGAGAAAGUGGAAGCUGUGUCUAGUGAUAACUCUCGGAGAUAUAUCGUUAUCGCGACUAUAAAAAUCACUUGAAGUUCGAACCCAAACGAUAAAGACGCGGAAAAGAAAAAUAGCUUUAAAACACAAGCUCUAGUCAUAAAAUAUUUUAAACGGCCUAAAUAUUUUCGAUAGUAAUCUGUUUUACAAAGAUAAAGUAUAUAGAAGUUUGUCUUUUAAUUUUUUUACAUACAAUUUAAAUUAAGAUAGUGCGAAAGUGAUAAUAUUGCGAAAAAACUUAACAAAAAUACGUGACAAUUAACAAAAUGCAUUCCAUGCGUGCACAUCGAGCGUUGAACAAGCACAAAACUGCAUUACAAAUAUGGAAAAUCGCAAUGAGAUGCUUCGGCACGGAUGUGGAGUACAGACCAAUCAGAAGUGUGCUUGUCGCCAAUCGAGGAGAGAUUGCCAUUCGUGUGUUUCGUGCUUGUACGGAACUCGGCAUCCGCUCCGUGGCGAUUUACUCGGAGCAGGAUAAGAUGCAGAUGCACCGUCAGAAGGCAGAUGAAGGAUAUUUAGUUGGCAAAGGAUUGCCACCCGUUCAGGCUUACCUGAAUAUUCCCGAGAUUAUUCAAGUAGCUAAGGAAAACAAUGUCGAUGCCAUACAUCCUGGUUAUGGAUUUCUUUCCGAAAGAUCGGAUUUUGCUCAAGCGGUCACCGAUGCUGGCAUCAGAUUCAUCGGGCCUAGUCCUAAAGUUGUCCAACAAAUGGGGGACAAGGUGGCUGCCAGACAAGCCGCAAUUGAAGCUGGAGUGCCCAUCGUUCCGGGAACAGAUGGACCGGUAACAAGUUCAGAUGAAGCAAUGGAAUUCUGUAUGAAACAUGGGCUUCCGGUUAUCUUCAAAGCCGCAUAUGGAGGCGGUGGACGAGGAAUGAGAGUCGUGAGACAAAUGGAGGAAGUUCGUGAGAUGUUUGAUCGUGCGUCUUCUGAAGCAGCGGCUGCUUUUGGAAAUGGUGCGAUGUUCAUUGAGAAAUUCAUUGAAAGACCACGUCAUAUUGAAGUUCAAUUACUUGGGGACCAUGCUGGCAAUGUCGUGCAUUUAUAUGAACGUGAUUGUUCUGUACAGCGUCGUCAUCAGAAGGUUGUCGAGAUUGCGCCAGCUCCAGCGUUAUCACCCAAGGUUCGCGAGAAAAUGACCGCAUACGCCGUCAAAUUGGCAAAACACGUUGGUUAUUCGAAUGCUGGUACUGUGGAAUUCUUAGUCGACGAAUCUGGAAAUUUUUACUUUAUCGAAGUUAAUGCCAGAUUACAAGUUGAACACACGGUGACCGAGGAAAUAACCGGAAUCGAUCUCGUGCAAUCUCAAAUCCGAAUCGCUGAAGGCAUGACAUUACCAGAGCUUGGUAUGACACAGGAAAAAAUUAUAUCUCAAGGAUUUGCCAUUCAAUGCCGAGUAACAACGGAAGAUCCAGCUAAGAACUUCCAACCAGACACCGGAAGAAUAGAAGUUUUCCGUUCAGGUGAAGGUAUGGGCAUCCGAUUGGACGGAGCCUCCGCUUUCGCCGGUGCUAUAAUUUCGCCGUAUUACGACUCCCUUCUUGUUAAGGUAAUUGCCCAUGCUGGCGAUCUUCAAUCAUCCUGCGCUAAGAUGAAUCGAGCCCUCCGCGAGUUUCGUGUGCGCGGAGUAAAAACAAAUAUACCCUUCCUAUUAAAUGUCCUGGAAAAUCAAAAGUUCCUUAACGGCAUCGUCGAUACAUACUUUAUCGACGAGAAUCCCCAGCUCUUCCAGUUACAACCGAGCCAGAAUCGAGCACAGAAAUUGCUCAACUACAUCGGUUCUGUCCUUGUAAAUGGUCCGAGUACACCACUAGCUACUCAGCUGAAACCAGCAGACAUCAAACCACAUAUUCCGCAGAUUGCUCUAGACUUUGCUAAGCUUGCAGCUGCAGAAGAGACCAAUGAUCCUGAUGCACCAGAAAUUAUGGAUCCUCCAAGAGGAUUCCGUCACAUUUACAAGGAGCAAGGUCCGGAAGCCUUCGCCAAGGCUAUUAGACAGCACAAAGGUCUCCUUUUGAUGGACACUACGUUUCGUGAUGCCCAUCAAUCCCUUCUGGCAACUCGCGUACGAUCGCACGAUUUACUGAUGAUCUCCCCAUUCGUUGCUCACAAAUUCAGCAAUCUUUACUCGCUAGAGAACUGGGGAGGUGCAACUUUCGACGUGGCCCUAAGAUUCCUUCAUGAGUGCCCUUGGGAACGAUUGGAAGAUAUGCGCAAAGCCAUUCCUAAUAUUCCAUUCCAAAUGCUGCUGAGAGGCGCCAACGCUGUCGGGUACACGAAUUAUCCUGACAACGUCGUUUUCAAAUUCUGCGAAUUGGCUGUGAAGACCGGCAUGGAUAUUUUCAGGGUAUUCGACUCGCUUAAUUACCUGCCUAAUCUUAUUGUUGGUAUGGAGGCCGCUGGAAAUGCCGGAGGUAUCGUUGAAGCGGCGAUUUCCUACACGGGUGACGUAAGCGACCCGUGUCGUACCAAGUACAACUUGAAGUAUUACACCGAUUUGGCGGACGAAUUGGUCAAAGUGGGCACUCAUGUCUUAGCGAUCAAAGAUAUGGCUGGAUUGCUUAAACCGAGAGCAGCGGAGAUGUUGAUCGACGCAAUCAGGCAGAAACACCCGGAUGUGCCUCUUCACAUACAUACGCAUGAUACUGCUGGAGCCGGAGUAGCUUCCAUGUUGGCCUGCGCGAAGAGCGGUGCCGAUGUCGUGGACGUUGCCGUUGACAGCAUGUCCGGCAUGACUAGCCAACCCUCUAUGGGUGCUGUUGUUGCUUCUCUUCAGGGAACGGACCUUGACACAUGUUUGGAUCUCCCUGAUAUCUCCGAGUAUUCCGCGUAUUGGGAACAAACGAGAACGCUUUAUGCACCUUUCGAAUGUACAACAACAAUGAAAUCCGGAAACGCAGAUGUCUAUCUCAAUGAAAUUCCCGGGGGCCAAUAUACGAAUCUGCAAUUCCAAGCUUACUCGCUCGGUUUGGGUGAGUUUUUCGAGGAUGUGAAGAAGGCCUACCGACAGGCAAAUCUCUUGCUUGGCGAUAUCAUCAAAGUCACACCGAGUUCCAAAGUUGUUGGUGACUUGGCGCAAUUUAUGGUUCAAAACAAAUUAAGUGCCGAUGAUGUUGUGGAGAGAGCCGAGGAAUUGUCAUUCCCUAAGUCGGUGGUCGAAUUUCUUCAGGGUGCUAUUGGUGAACCCUAUGGAGGAUUCCCUGAGCCUCUUAGAUCAAAGGUUCUUAAGGACAUGCCACGCGUACAAGGCAGGCCAGGUGCGAGUUUGUCGCCUCUGGAUUUGGCUGCUCUGAAGAAGGAGUUACAAGAAUCUCACCCGCAUGUCACCGAAAAGGAUGUCAUGUCAGCCGCGCUUUACCCUAAAGUGACGAAAGACUAUUUGAGUUUCAAGGAACAAUUUGGUCCUGUAGAUAAAUUGGAGACCAGAAUCUUCCUCACCGGACCUAAAGUAGGUGAAGUGUUUGAUGUUACCAUCGAAAAGGGCAAAACACUCGGUAUCAAAACUCUGGCAGUUGCCGAGGAUCUCACGAAAAAUGGUGAACGCGAGGUAUUCUUUGAAAUGAAUGGUCAGCUAAGAUCAGUGUUCAUCAAGGAUAAAGAAGCUGUCAAGGAGUUGCAUGUGCAUCCAAAGGCAACAAAAGGUGACAGCAAUCAAUUGGGAGCACCAAUGCCCGGCGAAGUCAUCGACAUUAGGGUAAAAGUGGGUGACACUGUAGAAAAAGGUGCGCCUUUGGUCGUACUAUCCGCUAUGAAGAUGGAGAUGGUUGUACAGGCGCCUAGAGCAGGAAAAAUCAAGAGUCUUGAAAUCAAUCUGGGUAUGAGAUUAGAAGGAGAUGAUCUCGUUUUAACAUUCGAAUAGACUUUUAUGCCGAUAAGAUAGAUCGUCUCUGGAAAUCAAAGCGC